ACAUCGUUCUGACAUUCUGCAAUAGCAAAACAAAACGGAUCAAAUAAGCGACGUCUGUUAACAUGACAAUGAUGGCGAAUCACACAUCGACGGCCGAGAUUAUCGCGCGAGUCCGGUUGCAGCUCUCAGACCAAAGCCCGCGAACGCUCUACGGCGUAACGCCACAACUCGAGCAGCUCGAGAAACUCAUGAGACGAACGGUCGCCAAUCUGGAAAGCAACUCGGCGCUGCUGAUCGGUCCACGCGGCAGCGGCAAGUCAGCUGCUGUCAAUGCAUGCAUCGCUGCCAUCACGGCCGACUUUGGAAGCGACGCGUUCGCCGUAGUGCGGCUAAACGGCCUUAUUCACACGGACGAUCGACUCGCUCUGCGCGACAUUGCGAGCCAACUCAAGGUCCAGCGAGCACUUGAAACAGGCAACCUCUCCUCGUUUGCGGCAGCCCUUGCGUUCAUCCUCGAGACACUGCGGAAUGGAUCACGACAGUCUCAGCCUUUAAUUGUCAUCUUGGACGAGUUUGAUCAGUUUGCACACCACGCCAAGCAAACACUCUUGUAUAAUCUGUUUGACCUCGUCCAGUCUGCUGAAGCUCCAAUGAUUGUUCUGGGAUUGAGCUGUCGGCUGGACGUCAUUGAACUGCUCGAAAAACGCGUCAAGUCACGAUUUUCCCAUCGCCAAAUCCACUUUUUACACAAUUUUGGAUUUGACGAGUACCUGAGCAUUGCGAGAAAUAGUUUGCUGAUUGCUGGCGCCGAGCACGAUGCCGCAAUAAGUGCAUGGAACGCCCAGGUUGCCGAGGCAAUGAAUGACCGCAGUUUGGUCGCGGCCCUGCAAGUCCAGUUCGAUUUAAGCAAAGAUCCUCGAGUCAUCAGCACUGUACUGAGUUCUGCCCUGACGGCUUCUGCCACGGGGCGGUUGCAGGCAUCGUCUGUCGUGAGUAUCAUUCAGGCACAGUUCGUCGACGCCAAGGCACUCGUUUUGCAGGGUCUCUCGACUUUGGAACUAUGCCUCAUGAUUGCGAUCAACCACGUUCAAGUCAAAGUCGGGGUGCUCGAGCCCUUCAACUUUGAAAUGGUGUACGAAGAGUACAAGGCUUUUGCAAACUCGAAUGUGCACGUUAUCGACUUUUUUAGCAAGCCUGUAUCUCUGAAGGCAUUUGAGCAUUUGCAAGCGAUCGAACUCAUCAAGCCAGUGCAUCCAAACGCCUUCCAUGUGCCCAAAGAGUACCGCAUGAUGCGAAUGAUGGUGGAGCCGGCCCAGAUCGUGGAUGCCGUCACAAGAUUCCAAGACUGCUCGACUGCCGUGCGUCGAUGGGGAAGCCAGUGGGCAGAGUGACGAAGCGGACUUGUAUUUUGAAUUGGAAUCAACAAGUUCAAAAAGAGCAUACCACUGAGAGAUGUUUUUGAAUCGAAAUCAAAAAAACCAACAACAUGUAAAAAUCAUAACUUUGAGAACGAA